CUUUGAUAUUCGGAUCUAUAUGAGCUGAUACACGUCGAUAUGAAAUGGAUUAUUUACAAAAAGAAAUUCGUAUUCGGAAACUGCACAGCGUGUUCAUUUUCAUAUCUUGUUGUUUGAUAAUGAUUCUUCAUAUCGGGUUCAUUAACUCAAUCGGAACUCUCUUUACUGACGUUAUGGCCACAUUCAACAAUUCACGUGCGGAAACGGCAGUCAUACAAUCAACAACUUUGGCAAUUUCUCUUGGAUCUGGUAUAUUUACUGGAGCGUUAAUCAACCGUAUCGGCUUGAUGGGGACAGGAGUUUUAGGUUCCCUUGUGGCUAGCUUAGGUUUGAUAUCAUGCUUCUUUGCAUCUUCCGUGACGUAUCUUAUUAUAUCGGUAGGCGUUUUCAGUGGCUUUGGUUUUUCCUGCGGAUUUAUUUCCUCUGCAGCCAUCAUGAGCCAGCACUUCUCCGGCAAGAAACGCUAUAUAUUUUUGUCAAUACACGCUACAGGGGCUGGAAUAGGCGGCAUGGUAUAUUCGUAUUUGAUGAGGUAUCUAAGUGACCUGUAUGGAUUCAGAGGAGCGCUGGUUAUAAUUGGAGCGAUAAGUAUGAACACAGUGCCUGGUUGUAUCCUUUGGAAACAGAACUCAAACAACAACAAGCUCCCAAGAUGUGUAGCGGAUUCAAACCAAAUCAUUGAAUUUCAAACAAGGUUUCAAGUAAAGACAGAAUACAGCGGAGAAGUCAUUAUGAUAGAAAAAUUAAGACAGAAUUCUUCUUUAGAAGCUUCUGAUACUGUUUAUGUUAAGCAGUACCCAGUGCAACAUGGGGAAACAAAAACCAAGACAGUCAUUGUGCAAGGAACAGAAAAUACAUCUUUUACUUCGAAUAAAAGUAAAUCAGGCCAAACGUUUUGUAAAAACAUCAGUCAAAUCCUGCGCAAUAGAAGUUUUUUGUUUUAUGUAAUGGGAAUGGUCAUUUCAGCUCCGUCUCUAACUGUGGUUUUUAUCUUUGUAGCUGAUAUAUAUCUAGACAACGGAAUGACAAACGAUGACGUGUCAUUAGGGUUGCUAUUGAUGAAUGUGUUGAGUAUAACCGGACGAUUAUUCCCUGGCAUAAUACUACAGUCUAAAUACAUACCAUCGUUAUUAUUGCCGUUUCUAAAUGCCAUGUUAUCUGCCGUCCUAGUAUUUUGCUUUGCUUUUGUCAAAUCGCGAUGGCAUAUAAUAAUUUUAUCUGGAGCUGUUGGCGUACCAUUAGGAAUGAGUAUAUCGAUGUUAACAUGAAUAACUCUGAAACUUGUAGGCUCAAACAAACUGCCGAUUGCCAUGGGAAUGUUCUUUACACUGAAUGGUAUUGGUCAAGUGAUCUCAGGACCAGUAUAUGGAUAUAUCAGAGAUGAAACCGGUUCUUAUACUUCGAUAUUCUACAUCUCAGCAGGAAUGCAUUUAGUAGGAGCUGUCAUUUUCCUUGUUGCACUCAUCACAAGAAGACUACAGAAACAUCACAUUAGAAAGCAAUCAUCAGUAUUCUACCUGACCAGCUUUUAAUGUACAAAAUGAGUUUGAAUAUAAGAUUUACACGCACAAAACGUCUUUAUAGCAAUUACCAUUAUUCUAAAAAUAAAAUAACCAUGAAGGUUAUGUUAUUUAUGGCAAAAUUUGUUCUGAAAUUAAUUUAACAUUUUGGUGUAUCUAUGAUACACUUGCACUUGGGCUAUCAGUUCCAUUGCUAAAUGAUUCCAGCUUUGACGAACUUUGACCAUAUUAUUGCAAUAUUUUGUCUGUAAUGUAUUAUAUUCAAUCGCAUAACAAUUAAUAUUUGAUUACAAAUCACUGAUCCUAUGGAGUUUAAUGUGGUUUAUUUUGACUAUGAAACCGUGCUUGCUGUAUAUCUAAAUGUCUUUCAAAAUCUUGUCUAACGCACGACAAUUAACUAGUAAGAAUGUUUCUCAUUGAAGAGUUGGUGCAGGCGUUCAGCGCGUGCGCGGAAUUAUUAUCAAAUGGAACACACGGCAAAAAUACUCAUUUUUUUGCAUGUCCGCACGCAUUUAGUGUAUAAUGUGCAUAAUAUACUGACUAAAGGUUAGGGUUAGAAUCACCAUGGUUACAAAAUAUAUACAUUUAAGGUAUUUUUGUUCAAAUUUAGUUAAUCCGGUAUAUACCGGAGUCUGUAAUAUAUCUCGGGCGCACCAACUCUGUAUUUAGUCACAGCCAUUUACUAAAGGUAUUCUUUCUUUUGAUAUUAAAGAAAAGCUGAACAACAUAAUCAUGUAUCAUAAUUAUUUCUUUGAGUUCGUUACUAGUUUGCUAUGUAUGUUUCGCUUUUAUUAGUUAUGAUACUAUAUUUAUUAAACCAUUAAAACCAGUCAACUUUCGCGAACAGAAAAUAAUAAGUGCAUGUACAUGCAAACCUACAUUACGACAUGGGGUGAUUUCCAUUUCUAUAUAUAAUAGGUAAACUUGCGCUUACUCACUGUUAUAUAAAGCAUAAAAAUAUGGUGUUUUGAUAAUGUCAGUGAGGUAUAUCAACAUC